AUUUGUAACAUUCUACAAACUUACUACAAGGAAAAUUCCAUAGACAAAGUUGAUGAUCCUUUUCAUUGUAACUCGCAAUACAAGCAUAACCAUGAUUGAAUGUUGGCAAGUUGGCAAAAGCUUUGAGGCAAUCGUUUGCUUUCUCAGUAAAACAAUGCCGAAAAUGAUUUCCGACAAAUUGGUAUUAAUUGUCAUCGGGUCGUCGGUCACAAACAAUGAUGACGUUUCUACCUUUGACUGAUGGAAACAUGCAAACAUGUCAAUAUUCAAUAUGGUGUUUGAACGAAUUAAUUUUAUUCCUCCUGUCAUUGAAGAUAACCCAAACAGCUGGGGUCCUACCUCUGUUUCAGAUGCAUUUAAAGGAAUACCUUAUCAACCAUUCUCUAAAGGACAUAAACUUGGCAAGGUUUCUGAUUGGUCAAGUACAGCCUAUCAAGAUCGUUGAUACCAAAAUAAAUACUUAAAUCAAUUUGGUGGUGGUAAUCAAUAUGCAUAUUAUCAUGAAGAAGAUGAAUCAACUUUCCAUCUUGUUGACACAAGUCGACCACAAAAGCCUGUUUACAUGCGCAAUAGGAACAAAUUCAAUCAGAGAAAUAAUCGACGUGAUAAAGAGCAUCAAAUGCAACGUCAGCAAGCUGGGAUGCAGAAUUUGUUGAAGACUCGUGACAACAGACUCCAUCGUAAAUUGCAGAAAUAAUUUGCCAACAGAAACAACUGGCAAGAACGUAGAAAUCAGACUCCUCAGAGGAUACGUAAUGCAUCUGUGAUGGUUCGGGAAGAGUGGAAGGUUAUUGAAGAAAUGGAUUUUCCAAGAUUAUCAAAAUUGAGUCUACCAAAUGUUCUUGAUCCAGAUGAUUUGGUAAAAUGUGGUGAACUGGAAUAUUAGGACAAGGCUUAUGAUCGUGUCAACAUUAAGAAUGAAGUCCCACUUGCCUUGCAAAACAGGAUUUUCCAUAAAGUCACAACGACUGAUGAUCCUGUUAUCAGAAAUAUUUUAAUGAAAGGAAAUGUGUUUGCUACAGAUACCAUUAUAUCUACAUUGAUGACCUGCACAAGAUCUGUGUACUCUUGGGACAUUAUAGCACAUCGUGUUGGCUCAAAACUGUUUUUUGACAUGAGAGAUGAAUCAGCAUUUGAUCUUUUGACUGUUAAUGAAACAGCUGUGGAAACACCUAUAGAUGAUAAUGCAGAGAAAAGCAUAAACUCUACGACGAACCUUGGUCUGGAAGCAACUUUUAUAAACCAAAAUUUCUCACAGCAAGUCUUGAAACGCUCAGAGGAAAAGGAGAAGUUUGAUAAACCAAAUCCUUUCAUUGCCGAAGAUAAUGAAGAAGAAGAAAAGGUGGCAUCCGUUGGUUACAGAUAUCGUAAAUGGAACCUUGGCAAUGAUAUAGAAAUUGUUAUAAGAUGUGAACAUGAUGCAGUAUUGUCACCUGGAACUUACAUCAACAUAAAGGCUCUAAAUGAAUGGGAAUCUAAGGGAGGUAUGGGAGAAUGGCGUCAAAAGCUAGACACUCAACGUGGAGCUGUCUUGGCUACUGAACUCAAGAACAAUGGCUGUAAGCUGGCAAAGUGGACUGUUGCGUCUGUUUUGUCGGGCUCUGAGUACUUAAAAAUUGGUUACGUUUCACGUAAAAAUUUUAUGGAUUCAUCAAAGCAUUGCAUUCUGGGUACACAGCAGUUUAAACCACGUGAACUUGCUAGUCAGAUGAAUCUCAGUAUGGACAAUGGUUGGGGAAUAGUACGAUGUAUUAUUGAUUAUUGUAUGAAUCUUGAAAAGGGGAAAUAUCUUAUUUUGAAGGAUCCUAACAAGGGGAUGAUUCGUAUUUACGAUAUUCCCAACAACACGUUUGAUUCGGAAGAUGACGAUGAUGACGAAGAUGAAGAAGAAGCUGAUGAUGAGGAUGAAGAUGAACAAGAGGAGGAAAUUGAGGCAAACAUUUGAUGAUGAUUUGUUGCUGAAGAAUAAAUUCAAUUUCUAUGAAUUAUUACAAGUACAUGAUUUUUUUUUCUUGAAUUGUGUAAUUCAAUAUAAGCUUCAAUAAUUUGCUUCGAAAUAAAAAUAUCUUGAAAUGUUCA